AUGUCGAAAGUCGAUAAUGAGAUUCGGGGUCGCCUAGCCCUUAUAACAGGUGCUUCUGGAGGUAUUGGCUCCGCAUGUGCCCGGGACUUAUGGGCCAAUGGAGCUUCCCUUGCUUUAACUUAUUUCAAUAACAGACAACCUGUUGAAGAAUUAGCUCAUGAGCUUCUCAAAUCACCUGGUAGCGAAGGUCUCAGGAUCAGUUUCCACAAGGUUGACACCGGCUCGGCUGAAGAUAUCCAGCGGCUCUUUCUUGAGAUCAAGAAACAACACGGCCAGGACGGUCCAGAUAUCCUAAUCUCAAACGCCGGAUAUGGCAAGAGGCGUAACGGCAUUUUAGAUGUAACCUUGGAAGAAUUCGAUUACAUGAUCAACGUAAACCUAAGGGCCUCGUUCCUCUUGGCCAAGUUGAGCAUUCCUCAUAUGGAGGCUCAGAAAUGGGGUCGGAUCGUCUUCGUCUCUUCGAUUGCUGCGCAGGGCGGAGGAAUUAACGCUUGCCACUACGCCGCGUCCAAGGCUGGCCUAACCGGCCUCAUGAAGAACCUGGCAAUGAAACACGCCAAGCUAGGUAUCACGGUCAACGACAUAGCUCCGGCUAUGAUAGGAGAAACUGGUAUGAUCCCGGGCGCAGCAUUCGUUGAAGGUACGCCGGGUGAUGUGAAGAACAUCCCGGUUGGGCGGUUGGGGACUCCGCAAGAAUGUGCAAAUGCCGUUACUAUGUUGUGUAGGACGGGAUAUAUAACCGGUCAAAGUAUUUUGCUGAGUGGCGGGCUUAAGUAA